UCCGGCGGCGUUCGGGCGCGCGGGCGUCGGCGGCUGCUGCUGAGGGGAGAGCGGGCGGCCGCUGAGGGGAGAGCGGGCGGCCGCUGCUGAGGGGAGAGCGGGCGGCCUGCCCCAGCCCCGGCGGCCUGCCCCAGCCCCGGUGCCCCGCCCCGCCAGAUGUGUCACGGCGCGCUCUGAAAGGGCUCUGUCAGAGCCCUGCAUAACCCUGACAGCCCGCGGUGACGGUGCUCCCCGGAGCCGCCCGCCCUGGUUACCGCCAGCCGGGCUUCAGAGGGGGGAGCAGGCCUGGCCCUGGGUUCCCGCAUCACAGCGCAGUGAGCCCCGAGAGUUUCCUUUAAAACUACCGGCGAGGAAGGGAGUUUAUGUUUUCCACCGCCUGUGAUGAAGAACAGAGCCCAGCUGGACGAUGAGCGUGUUGUGCCAAAGCGGGGUCGUUUACCCAGUGUUCAAGACACCAGUGUACACGCAGAAUAGAGGGCGUGACAUAAAUCCAUCGUACGAAGGCUCCUCCACCAUGCCUCUGUGAACAGCUGUGGUGAAGCUCAGUUGAUUCCUCGAUCAGUACCUCCUGAACACAAACCCAGUUACAGUCCUUGGUUUAAUCAGCCCCCGUUGCGCUCAGAAGGGCUCUUCUCUCCAUCCUCUGAGGCUGUGGGGAGAACAAGGCUUAAAAAACAGCAGGAUAAUGCUGUGUGAGAGCGUGUGACAGCUCAAAAUGAGCUGAGAACAUUUUUCCCCCAGCAGCCUGCUCUCCCAUGCUCACCUCAGCACUAGGUUUACCUGCAACGCUACAUAUUAUGUAGAUAUAUUAUAUAUUCUGUAAUAUGCACUUUGAUAGCAUAGAAUCAUAGAAUGGUUUGGGUUGGAAGGGGCCUUAAAGGUCACCUAGUUCCAACCAUAAUAUAAAAUGUAAUACGUAUUGUGUAUUAUGCACUAUAGAAACAAAAAAACCACACGGCAUCUGUAAAAGUAAAGCCCUCUGCCUCCUGUGAACUGAAAGCCAGAGAUGAUUGCUUGUUGACAAAAUCGAGUGCUGUAAGUCUUGCUGCUUGCUCUACGCCAGCCUAUGGAGAGGGAACGGGACUGCAGCCUCCUGUGCACCAGUGAACGGUCUCCUGUCAGCAACAGCUGGAUUGCCCAUGUGUCACCAGAAUUGGAGUACAGUCCCCUGUCAGCAACAGCUGGAUUGCCUGUGUGUCACCAGGCCACAGACAGGAGUACGGCGAAAGGGCUUGGCGUAAUGAGGGAUUUGAACAGUUUGGGCUUCAUUCAUUCCUGUCACUGACAGGACCAAGCGAAAUAGUCUGGUUUGUCUUUCAGAUCCUCGAUUGGGUUCCAGGACAAGUACAGUCAGAAGAAAAGCUGUAGUUUACUCCUGCUUUGAUCACACUUAAUCAGACAAGCGCUACUCGUGCCAGACGCUUGGUGAAGGAAUUUAUGCCGUAAACCAUGCUGGUCUUCAAGAGGAUUUAGAGAGCUCUGGAUCUUGCAGAAUCAUUUCCCCAAACUGUCCUGUACUUUCAACAAAAUUAAUUGAACUGUCUUGCUAAUGAAUGUACAGCCCCGUUUUGAGAAUGUAAAUCAGCUGGCAAAACACCUGCCAAGUCAAGUGUCUUAUCCUAAUGUAAUGGGUGACUAAAUACACAUUCCUAUGCUGGAGAUUUAAAUAAUCCUUUAGAACACUGCUGAGAGUACCAGAGGCUUUGGCAGACAGAGGAAAACCUACCAAAGAGGAUGAACAAGCUGCAGAGACUGCUUCAGAGCAAGGUCCUGAUCCUGACAAUAUGUGCCGCUGGGAUUGGAGGCACUUUCCAAUAUGGCUACAACAUUUCCAUCAUCAAUGCUCCAACUUCCUACAUCCAGGCCUUCAUGAACGAGACCUGGCUGGAGCGCACCGGCGUCCCCCUUGAGAGCAACGUGAUACUGCUGCUGUGGUCGCUCACCGUCUCCGCGUACCCGCUGGGAGGGCUCACCGGGGCUCUUGUUGCUGGUCCCAUGGCCAUCAUGUUGGGCAGGAAGAUGUCCCUGCUGCUCAACAACGUCUUUGUGAUCAUUGCCGCAGUCUUGUCGGGAUUCAGCCGAAUGGCAAAAUCCUUUGAAAUGAUUAUGCUCAGCAGAUUUUUUACUGGCGUGAAUGCAGGUGUCAGCAUGAACAUUCAGCCCAUGUAUCUGGCGGAAAGUGCCCCAAAGAAGCUCAGAGGAGCUGUGGCCUUGACCUCUGCAUCGUUUACAGCCCUGGGGUUGGUGCUGGGGCAGGUUGUUGGACUCAGGGAGCUGCUAGGAGGGGAGGAGAGCUGGCCGUUCCUUUUAGCUAGCAAUGCGGUGCCUGCCCUCAUCCAGCUCACGGCUCUGCCUUGGUUCCCUGAAAGUCCCAGAUACCUCUUGAUUGACCGUGGAGAUAAAGAAUCCUGCAUCUCUGCCCUGCGGAAGCUCAGAGGCAACAGUGACCUCAGUGCGGAGCUGGAGGAGAUGCUGGCUGAGCAGGCUGCCGUUAAAGGUCAGAGAGCGAAGAACCCUUGGGAGCUCUUCAGAAAUCCAGCUUUGCGGUGGCAGGUGGUGAGCAUCGUUGUGCUGAGCAGCGCCAUGCAGCUCUGCGGGAACGAUUCGAUGUAUUUCUAUGCAGCUUAUGUGUUCCAAGAGGCUGGAAUUCCUCAGGACAAAAUCCCGUAUGUUGUAAUCGGCACGGGGAGCUGUGAGCUGAUCACCUCUGUCACCUGUAACAUGAUUAUAGACUACGCUGGUCGGAGGCCGCUGCUCCUGGGGGGAUAUAUCUUCAUGGCAGGAUGGGCCAUCAUCUUCAUGGUCGCUCUGAGCCAGCAGACUCAGAUUAGCUGGAUGCCGUAUCUCAGCAUGGCCUGCAUUUUCGCCUACAUCCUGAGCUUUGGAAUCGGACCAGCCGGUGUAACAGGAGUUCUGCCCACAGAGGUGUUUGAUCAGAUGUCCCGGCCAGCUGCUUACAUGAUCUGUGGCUCUCUGCUCUGGUUCAACCUAUUUCUGGUCGGAACGGCCUUUCCCUUCAUUGUGAAAAGCCUAGCGCAUUUCUGCUACGUCCCAUUCCUCGUGGUCUGCGUCUGCACCGCUCUCUACGUUGGGUUUUUCCUUCCUGAGACAAAGGGAAAGUCCUUCCUGGAAAUCUCCGAGGAGUUCAAGAAACGGAACUUCAAAGCUCAGACUCGUGCGGGUUUUUAUAAAGGCCCUGAAGAGAUCAAAUCCACCGUGUUGUAGCAAAAGAAAGGGGUAUGGUAUGCUGGGGAAAUGCAGCAGUGGUUAUGUUCUCCUGCAGGGACACGGAGAGAGAGGUGGGCUUGGGGACAAGAUAUUACUCUUUGGUUCACCUUGAAAAGAUACACUUCAUGUGAUAAAUCCCAACAAAAGUUUGAUAAUCUGUUUUCAGUUUUUAGUGCAAAGUAAUGCAUACAUAUUUUAGAAUCCGUAUUAGAGAGUGACCGAACGACGCCUUAUCCUCUUAUCAUCAAACACCACCAUGCAAUGCUGUAGCAGAUUUCUUCUGAAUUUCUUCUGUAUUUCUCCUCCACCCAAACAGUAACUUCCAUCUCUGAAGCCUGCCUUUCUUUGCCCCUGAAUUUGGGCUCCCUGACACAGAAAUUAAUACGAUUAAGUUCUGUUUUCAGACACCAGCUGAAAUUCUCAGUACCUUGCCUUGGUGCUCCCGUUGUUUCUGUUAUUAAGUGAUUUCAGAUAGACCCCUACUUGUUGAGCAAUAGCGAGCAGUUAAUUAUUUUCAGCUAUAAAAACAUGUGACAGAUGGAUUAGGAAGAAAGCUUCUAGUACUUGCUAAGUGGCUUAUUAUGCAACUGACUUUUGGGCAUUGUUUUGUGAACUAUUUAUUCUGGACUGGUUUUCUUCGGGGCUUGUUUGUUGUCUUCCAGUUGCAAAGCACAAGUAAUCCUCCAGUCCAGUUUGUUCAGUUCUCACAGAUGCUGCUGGUGCAUCUUGUCGGGUUCUGCACCUGCGCUCUGCUGAGGUGGGAGCGUGGUGAGGAGUUCCUACAGCAGCAGCCCAGUCUGGAUGUGGGGAUGUAGUCCACGGCAGAACAUUCUCUGCAGCAUGUUCUUGGGUGUCUCCACAGAGCAUAUCGGAAGAGACGCAGACGUGGUACUGGGUCUGUUUAGCCAACCUGGUACGGAACAGGGCAACACUCCUCAUGUGAUAUUGCCUUUCACAGGCGCUGGGUCGACUGGUGAAGUUUGUUCUCAAAAAUCAUAAUCAAGCCAUCUCUUUUCUUUUGGUUUUGUACGGGUCACAGCACUGCUGAUGGUUGCGGCAAAGAAGAACACGUCCAUUUUCAAAAUAAGUAGUAAAAGUUUCUUUCAGUGUAUUUUUGAACUACAUUUUUUUAAAAAUACAGCAUUUUUGAGUAACAAGACUGUUAAACAUUUCUGGAAUGUGUUACUGUCAUGCCAGGCACGAGUGGAGCAGCAGAUCUAUUUCUCAGAAGAGGCGUCUGUGCAAGAACUACCUUUCAUAGAAUCACAGAAUCACGGAAUGGUCUGGGCUGAAGAGACCUUAAAGCCCACCCAGAGCCAUCCCCUGCCCUGGGCAGGGACACCUCCCACCAGCCCAGGUUGCUCCAAGCCCUGUCCAACCUGGCCUUGAACCCCUCCAGGGAUGGGGCAGCCACAGCUUCUCUGGGCAGCGUGGGCCAGCGCAUAUUACCAGGUCACGUGGAGCUUCUCAUCAACCAACACCCCCAAGUCCUCCUCCUCAGGGCUGCUCUCCAGCCAUUCUCCACCCAGCCUGGAUUUGUGCUUGGGCUUGACCCGACCCAGGUGCAGGGCCCUGCACUUGGCCUGGUUGAACUUCAUGAGGCUGGCACAGGCCCACCUCUCCAGCCUGUCCAGGUCCCUCUGGAUGACAUCCCUUCCCUCCAGCAUGUUGACGCACCCCACAGCUCGGUGUCUUUCACUACCUAAGGUUAUAAAAUAGGAAAAAUAAAACUAAACUUUUGUUCGUU